UUUGCAAUUCCUUGGGCUAUUCUACGCGAACGAGUAUGAAGCUAUUCGGGUGAAGCUAGAUGGAUGCAGAGGAUAAGCUCGGAGCUUGAAAUGAACACGGCCAUGGCUAUAUCAUCUGCUGCCUUCGGCAGCUGGUCGCCUUUGACGCAACCCAGGAUUGAGGUGAAAUCAGGGAAUCCAUUGCGCUUGAGCUUCUCUAUCAGGUCACAGGAUGCGUCGAACUCGCGAAAUGACGCUCGAGGUGGUCGGCGAGUUUGGAGGCGGAGAAAAUUGACAAAGAGGGAUGACACGUUGCAGUACAAAUUGGAUAGAAUUCCUUUCCUUGAGGAGCAGGUGAGAAAAAUAAGAGAAGGGGGAAAGCUUUUGACGAUGGACAUUGAGAGAUUGUUGCUGUCGGAGGAUAACCGGUUUGAUUUUGUGAAUGAGGUUGCUGCGGAGGCCAAGCAGUACGUUGAGAAUAAUCGCGACGAGUAUGGCGCAAAGAAAGCGAUCCUUCAUGUCCUAAGUAAUCGGAUGAAUGAUGCUGGAGUUUAUCGGCCUGAGGCAUACAUGGAAUCUGACCCUUUCAAGCCAGGUCCCGCAUAUCUCCGUGAAGAACUUUGAAGAUGUGUAAAAUUUGUAUCAGCUGGGGAUAGAACUCUGUCACUCUCCACAAGUAUUUUUGUUCCAGUCUUGAUUUUUGAAUUUGUCAUUCUCCAUUCCAUAGGAGUAGCUAUGACUCAUCAGAACUUCGAUGAUAGCUUAUUAUAGUUUCAGUCCAUUCUACA